ACUGGAUUCUUCUUCCCAGAUUUUCCUGCUUUUAUUCACAGCAUGAAAAUCUGUCCCACUUCUGCUACUGACACUUUGUCACUUGUGCACUUUUUUGCAGAAUCACUUCUAGGACAACAUCUGGGACGUGUUGGAGGCAGAUAUUAAGGUUUGAAAAUGUGGUUCACAAACGUGGUAUCCAUCGCACUGAUCAUAAACACCAUCUCCGCUGCUACCUCUGCAUCAGCCAAGAACCCCCUCAGUAACCAUGCCACCAUUUUGGCUGACAAUAGUGCCAAUCUGGGCUUCACACUGUACCAGAACAUGGCUAAGGCAAAGAAGAUGGGAAACAUUGCCAUCUCUCCCGUGGUAGUAGCUUCAUCUUUGGGUCUAGUUGCUUUGGGAGGAAAAGCAUCUACCGCAUCUCAGGUCAAAACUCUUCUAAAGGCAGCUGAAGUGAAAGAUGACCAAUUUCACUCUGGUUUAUCUGAACUGUUGACAGAAGUUAGCGACCCCAAAACACGCAAUGUGACCUGGAAAAUCAACAACCGCCUAUAUGGGCCCAGCUCUGUCAGCUUUGUGGAUAACUUUGUCAAAAAUAGCAAGAAGCACUACAACUGUGACCACUCCAAGAUAAGUUUUAAAGACAAGAAAAGCGCACUUAACUCUAUAAACGAAUGGGCGGCCAAGUCGACAGAUGGCAAGCUCCCGGAAGUGACUAAAGAAAUGGAGAAAACCGAUGGAGCCAUGAUUGUAAAUGCCAUGUUCUUUAAACCUCGAUGGGAUCAACAGUUUCAUCACAAAAUGGUGGACAAUCGUGGCUUCAUGGUUCCAAACAGCUACACCGUCUCUGUCCAGAUGAUGCAUCGCACAGGUUUUUAUGGCUUCUUUGAUGACAGCACUAAUAAGCUGUCCAUUCUGAGCAUGCCCCUGUCCCAUAAGAAGUCCACCAUGUUGUUCAUCAUGCCUCACCACGUGGAGCCUCUGGUCAGACUGGAGAAGAUGUUGACCAAGAAGCAGCUGGAUUCGUGGUUGAGCAAACUCAAGGAGACCGCGAUGGCCGUGUCUCUGCCCAAAGUCAGAAUGGAAGUCAGUCAUAACCUCCAGAAAUACCUGGAGGAGCUGGGCUUGACUGAAGCUGUGGACAAAUCCAAAGCUGACUUCUCCAAUAUGUCUGGGAAGAAGGAUCUGUACCUGUCCAGUGUGUUCCAUGCCUCUGCCCUGGAAUGGGACACAGACGGAAAUGAGAUGGACACUAGCAUCUAUGCAUCCGAAAAACUCAGGAACCCUAAACUCUUCUACGCUGACCACCCAUUUAUCUUCUUAGUAAAAGACCAGAAAACGAAUUCUAUUUUGUACAUAGGUAGAAUGCUUAGGCCCAAGGGAGAGAAAAUGAGAGACGAGCUGUAACCACUGAACUGAUAAAUCUGUUUGUUGAACUUAGGCAAUAUUGCAAUCAGAUGUAGAAAUAUGAGCAUACCUCUGAAUGAAACAAAGCAUUCCAAAGACUACUGUUCUACUGUUUUACAGGUCUAUAGGAAAGAAGGCCGAGACGUUUUGUGCCUAAAAUGUCUGGGAAGGAUAAAUAGAUCUGUUGUGGAAAUAAACUGUAUCUUUUGAUUAGGAAUAAUCAAUUUGCAAAGCCUGGUGAGUUAUGAAAUACAAAAAGGUUUAUUCUUUGUUACAACCGAUAUGGACAGGACGGGGCCCAGGCAGCCUGGUAGCCUUCUGAUGUUCAAAGCAAGUCUCCUUGAGCCUCUUCCUUAGAGCAUCUCUCCCUAGAGCUUCUGAGCUCUGAGUGUUUGUACCAGAAUGACAAACACCAUACAUUACAAAAGCAGAGUCACAUCUGUUCACAGUUAUAUGUUAAGUCAGGUAAAACAACAAAAGUUUUCCUGGAGGAUGGGACCUUCACACAGGUUGAUUGUUAAUUUCUUCACAACAUGAUAUGCGUACAUUUCCAUCACUGAUCUAAAAUAAUGCCUUGUUCUUCCAGUCCCACAGCACCACUCUGUUUUGUGUUGAUGUUUUUUUUUUUUUAUUUACUG